AUGCAAUCAGCACUCUCACGACCCAUUCUCCGAGUGUCCAAUCCAUCAAUUCUCCGAUCAUUCUCCAUCACUCCAGCUAUCAUGGGCGCGGGCGAUCUAGGCUCUCCUAAGCCGCGAGGCUUCAUGGCUGACAGGAAGGACUCAUUCUCGCGACGUGAGGCUGCGCAUGAACUUAUGUAUAUUCGGGAGCAGGAGAUGGAAAAGGUCAAGCGUCUUCGACUGAAGAUCAAGGAACAACGUCAGCACAUGGAUGAACUUGAUAAACAUCUUGAGGAGUUUACCAAGAACCAAGGCGGCGAACAGAACUAA